CACUCACUCUUUCAACUACUUCACCUACAAAACAACACAGCACCACUUCACUUCAUUUCAUUUCAUUUCAUUAUCCAUAACCCAACCCUCUUAAACCCUAUCCCCAACCAUGGCGUCAACCGCUGCCGGCUCCUGCAACCUCUCCUCCUCCGCCUCCAUCUCCGCCUUCCCCUUCGCCGGCGGCGCGAGACGGAGCAGCAGCAGCAGCAGCAACAGCGUUGUUUUAUCCAGGAAGACCCGCAACCUCAAGGUCUCCGCCAUGGCUAAGGAGUUGCAUUUCAACAAGGAUGGUUCCGCUAUCAAGAGGCUUCAGGCUGGCGUGAACAAGCUUGCGGAUCUGGUUGGUGUUACUCUUGGUCCUAAAGGGAGGAAUGUUGUUCUUGAGAGCAAGUAUGGUUCACCUAAAAUUGUCAAUGAUGGUGUUACUGUUGCUAAAGAGGUUGAGUUGGAGGAUCCUGUUGAGAAUAUCGGUGCCAAGUUGGUGAGACAGGCAGCUGCCAAGACUAACGAUUUGGCUGGUGAUGGAACCACAACCUCGGUUGUCCUAGCUCAGGGUCUUAUUGCGGAAGGUGUCAAGGUUGUUGCAGCGGGUGCCAACCCUGUUCUUAUUACCCGUGGCAUUGAGAAGACAACGAAAGCUCUAGUAGCUGAGCUUAAAAAGAUGUCGAAAGAGGUUGAAGAUAGUGAGUUGGCGGAUGUGGCAGCAGUCAGUGCUGGGAACAAUAUUGAAGUAGGAAGUAUGAUAGCAGAAGCUUUGAGCAAGGUUGGUAGAAAGGGUGUUGUGACACUUGAGGAGGGAAAGAGUGCUGAAAAUGCUCUAUAUGUUGUUGAGGGGAUGCAAUUUGACCGUGGUUAUAUUUCACCAUACUUUGUUACUGACAGUGAGAAAAUGUCAGUUGAGUUUGAGAACUGUAAGUUGCUUUUAGUUGAUAAAAAGAUAACCAACGCAAGGGAUCUUAUUAACAUACUUGAGGAUGCAAUUAGAAAUGGUUUCCCUAUUUUGAUCAUUGCGGAGGAUAUUGAACAAGAAGCUUUAGCGACCCUGGUGGUGAACAAACUUAGAGGAUCACUAAAGAUUGCAGCACUUAAGGCCCCUGGGUUUGGAGAACGCAAGAGCCAGUACCUUGAUGAUAUUGCCAUUUUGACAGGAGGUACUGUGAUCAGAGAAGAGGUUGGUCUUACUUUAGACAAAGCUGGGAAAGAGGUUCUGGGUGAGGCCUCCAAGGUGGUGCUUACCAAGGAUUCAACCACAAUUGUUGGUGAUGGAAGUACCCAAGAAGCUGUGAACAAAAGAGUUGCACAAAUCAAGAACCAGAUUGAGGCUGCAGAACAAGACUAUGAAAAGGAAAAGCUCAGUGAAAGAAUUGCAAAACUGUCUGGUGGUGUCGCCGUGAUACAGGUUGGAGCACAAACUGAGACAGAACUCAAAGAAAAGAAAUUGAGAGUUGAAGAUGCUCUUAACGCCACAAAGGCAGCUGUUGAGGAAGGUAUUGUAGUAGGUGGUGGGUGUACUCUGCUAAGACUUGCGUCAAAGGUGGAUGCAAUCAAGGCUACCCUAGAUAACGAUGAAGAGAAAGUUGGAGCAGAUAUUGUUAAAAGAGCUCUUAGUUACCCUCUAAAAUUAAUUGCUAAGAAUGCUGGUGUAAAUGGCAGUGUUGUGAGUGAGAAGGUUCUUUCUAGUGACAAUUUUAGAUAUGGAUAUAAUGCUGCCACUGGUAAAUAUGAAGAUUUAAUGGCUGCUGGUAUCAUUGAUCCAACAAAGGUGGUUAGAUGUUGUCUGGAACAUGCAUCCUCUGUGGCCAAAACCUUCUUAAUGUCAGAUUGUGUAGUUGUUGAGAUUAAGGAACCAGAGCCUGUAGUUGCUGGCAACCCUAUGGACAACUCAGGAUAUGGGAUUUAAGGCAAUGACUGCUUCAGUUAGAACAAGAUUUUCCCCAUUCCUUUGAUGAAGAACAUAUGAUUUGGCAGCUAUUUUAUUGGUAGCAGCAAAUCCAAAUUAAGGCGGAUGUAGUGUGGUGAACUAGAUAGAGUGACGGAUUUUUGUUUAAUAAUAAUGAAAUUCUUUUUGCUAAUUACAUCAUCCAUAAAUCUAUCAUAGCACGAUUUUUGUUUUGUACUUGUUAUUUUUCGCUGGAAGAAAAUAUUCAGUUCCUGCUCC